CGACUUCCGGCGCGGGUACGGGUCGGCGCACGCGGCCGCGGUCUGGUUGACUUUGCCGAGCCAUGGAGGGCGGCUUCGGCUCCGACUUCGGGGGCUCGGGCAGCGGCAAGCUGGACCCGGGGCUCAUCAUGGAGCAGGUGAAGGUGCAGAUCGCCGUGGCCAACGCGCAGGAGCUGCUGCAGAGGAUGACGGACAAAUGCUUCCGGAAGUGCAUCGGGAAGCCGGGGGGUUCCCUGGACAAUUCCGAGCAGAAGUGCAUCGCCAUGUGCAUGGACCGCUACAUGGACGCCUGGAACACCGUGUCCCGCGCCUACAACUCGCGGCUGCAGCGGGAACGAGCCAACAUGUGACCGGGCCGCCGGCAGCACCCCUCCCCGGCCAUGUCCACAGAUGUCCUUGGCGGAACGGGCCGGCGUGCGUGGACUUUACGAGGACGCGACCGGUGCUGGGACACUGGGGACUCCGCCCUCUCCGCCGCCCACCCGCACCUGCCAGCACCUGCAGCUCGCGUCCCGGGGGCGCUGGGCACUUCCCAGAGCGCUGGCACCCCUCCUGCUGUGCCCAGGUCUACCUCGAGUCCUGGACCCAGAAUCCGGGUUGGGACCUGGGGGGACGUGGUCAGACCCCAACUGAGCUGUGACCCCCCCACCUCGGGGGUGACAAAUAAAUUGCCGAGGGGGCGCGGAGAGCA